GAGUAACAGCAAGAACUAGUGCACGUGAACCAUGGAUACAAGUUCGAGGACUUUAGUGUCAUUGCAAGGAAAUUCCUUCUUACCACUCAUUGUUGCAGUCUGUAGCUGAGGCAGAACCCUUUCGGAUUAAAUAAGAGAAGCAAAACCAAAUGGGAUCGGAAAACAAAGCGAGUAGAAGAAAAGACAUUGAAGCAAUGAAGAAUCAAGGGUGUGAGGUUGAAGCGAUAGGCAUCAACUACAAGAUCCGCACACAGAAAACAGAGCAUCCUCUCAAAAUCUUCAGCAAAUUUCCAAAACAAAUCGACCAAGAAAAAGAGCAGGAACCAGAAGAAGAAGAAGAAGCAAAACUUGAACAAGCAUGCAGUGGGGGAGCGAGGCAUGUCCUCAAGGAUGUGAGCUGCCGAGCCAUGCCGCAAGAAAUUCUCGCCGUUGUUGGGCCAAGUGGAGCUGGAAAAUCAUCCCUGCUUGAGAUUCUUGCUGGUAAAGUUUCCCCACAAAGUGGGUCCAUCUUGGUUAACCAGAAACCUGUAGAUAAUGCUCUGUUCAGUAAGACUUCAGGGUAUGUUACCCAAAAUGAUCUUCUGUUUCCCUUACUUACGGUUGAAGAAACCUUGAUGUUUAGUGCAAAGCUAAGGCUAAAGCUUCCUCAAGAUCAACUCUGCUGCAGAGUCAAGUCACUGAUUCAGGAGCUAGGACUCAGCCACGUUGCUAAGACUCGAAUUGGAGAUAACAGGGCCCGUGGGAUAUCAGGUGGGGAAAAACGCCGAGUUUCAAUUGGAGUUGAAGUUAUACACGAUCCCAAAGUGGUGAUUCUUGACGAACCAACUUCUGGGCUUGACAGUACAUCUGCUCUGCAGAUCAUUGAAAUGCUAAAGGUCAUGGCUGAUUCGAGGGGCCGAACUAUAAUCCUAAGCAUCCAUCAACCUGGGUUCAGAAUUGUAAAAUUGCUCAAUUCUAUAUUAUUGUUAGCCAAUGGCUCCGUGUUACACCAUGGACCUGCGGAUUUGCUGGGUGUCAAUCUAAGAUUAAUGGGUUUAGAGCUUCCUCUUCAUGUUAAUGUUGUUGAAUUUGCCAUUGAGUCCAUUGAAUCCAUUGAGAAACAGCAAAAGUGUCAGCGAUUUCAAUUACAAACUCCUCCAAUAUUACCAGCAACGAUGCAGCAAAAGAAAGGUGAUGUUCAAGGUGAGAGUAGAAGUGGUAAGUUUACUCUGCAGCAGCUCUUUCAACAAUCAAAGGUAAUUGAUGAAGAAAUAAUCAACUCUGGAAUGGAUUUCACCUGUGAUUUUGCAAAUUCUAGAUUGAAAGAAACUAUGAUUCUCAGCCACAGGUUCUUCAAAAACAUCUUCCGCACAAAGGAGCUCUUUGCAUGUAGGACGAUCCAGAUGCUGAUUUCCGGACUCGUUUUGGGCUCCAUCUUUUGUAAUAUCAAGGAUGGCCUAGAGGGUGCUCAAGAAAGGGUAGGUUUAUUUGCAUUCAUAUUAUCAUUCUUAUUAUCAACGACCGUAGAAGCUCUGCCAAUAUUCCUGCAAGAAAGGGAGAUUCUAAUGAAGGAGACCUCUUGUGGAAGCUACAGAGUAUCAUCCUAUGCAAUUGCGAAUGGCCUAGUUUACUUGCCAUUCCUACUCAUCCUAGCCAUUUUAUUCACGGUACCCUUAUACUGGCUUGUUGGGCUUAACAGGAAUUUCACAGCUUUUAUGCACUUCCUGUGGCUCAUUUGGUUAGUUCUUUACACGGCAAACUCAGUUGUGGUGUGUUUCAGUGCUCUGGUGCCUAAUUUUAUUGUGGGAAACUCAGUGAUCGCUGGAGUCAUUGGGUCAUUCUUCUUGUUCUCUGGUUACUUCAUAUCAAAACAAGAAAUUCCGAAAUACUGGAUUUUCAUGCAUUAUAUAUCAUUGUUUAAGUAUCCCUUUGAAGGGCUUCUGAUUAACGAGUUCUCCAACUCAGGUAAGUGCUUAGAGUACAUGUUUGGGGCGUGUGUGAUGACUGGCGAAGAUGUGCUUAAAGAGGAAGGGUAUGGGGGCGAAAGGAGUAAAUGGAAGAAUGUUGCGGUCAUGUUGUGCUUCAUCCUGUUUUACAGGCUGGUUUCCUAUAUAAUUCUUAGAUAUAGAUGCUCGCAGAGGACGUCCUAAGGAGUCAUCGUAUGAGGACUGUGGCUUACUACAACACCCUGCCACUCUCUUGCGGGUUCACAUGUCUUGGAUUUUUCUGCAUAUAGAAAUCAAAGAAGAUGUGUCACAUCAACACAAAUAUAUAAACUAUUACAGGUUUGGUCAGUACCAGCAAAUUGUACUAACUUGAUAUAUGUUGGUUUCUGUUUUUUUAAUGAAUACUUAAUUCACAU